AAUGCAAACAAUAUUGAGUAUUGGAAUGAACAAAUAACUUCACAGAAAUUCAAUUAGCACUUUUCGAGUGUCACUCAAUAACAUUACAGAGAAUUGGCGUGUAUUGCUUCUAGGAAUAUUCUAGCAGAAUAGUAUUCUAUCUAGUUUGAGAUUGAAACUUCCAGCUUUCUGAUUUGAAAAUUUGCAUCUUGAAUCUCAUCAUGUCUAUCCAUUUCUUUUGGUCAUUGUUUGUUCUUGUUCUCGUUCUCAACUUCCUUCCUGCAUUUACUUCUGAUUACUACCGGAAUCUCCAGGAUGAACCAGAAUGGAAGGAAGAGGAGGCAAGAUCACAACAACCAAGAGAGAAUCAAAAUAAUAGAAAUGAAAUGGAAACUACAAUUAAAGAGCCAGUAAAAAUCAAACAGAGUCAGCAACCAAGAACAAGAAAAACUGGGAAUGGAAGAAUCAGUAAAGAGCCGGUUAACACUUAUGAAAAUACUGAAUUUGAUGAUUAUUCGAAUAUGGGUCAAGAAUCUCUUCAUUUCUGUUGUUGAAUUUGUGGUUUUGUAUGCCUAAACGGAAAUUCACAGAUAUAAAUUUAACAUUUACUUGAAUUAAACAAAAUCAAUAAACUUUGUGUUUUAACUUUUGAGACACCCCA